ACAGAUAAUUGGUAUAAGUCUUCCCAUACUUUGCCAAGGAUGUAGAUCCGUAGGUAAGAUGGAAGUAGACCAACAGUAGUCUUAUGAAUAAAAAUAUUCUAAUUGUUGAGUCUACAGGUGGACAAGGCAGACCAUCCAAUCUGAGCAUACAAGGACCAGUGGAUCCUUCACCAAGACAUUAUAAAAAUACUGCGGUAACUUCUUGGUUGUCUCAGCUUCAUCUUUCACAUCAGGAUGGAUCAUCAUGACUGGCAGCGAGGGAGAAGUAAGGGCCACCGGCACUACGACGAUGAUGAUGAGGCCCAGCCCGUCUACAUCGGCGUUCCAGUUUCUCACAGACGGAAAAGGCGCAGACAUCAUUCCUAUGCCAGUGACGCAGACCGCGACACGCGGCACACACACUAUGAUCACCACACACACCGUGAACACUCGCACCAGGGAUAUUACCAUGACAGAGAGGAGCACUAUGGCGAUGACGAGGGCAGCACAGAGCGCCGCGAGCACGCCGACCCCUCAGUGUCCCCUGCAGCAGAGCGGCUGCGCCACUUACUGGCGGAGGAUGACACCACCCCAACACCCACAAUAUUCACUGAGAUGGACACACUACAGCAAGAGGGGGGCGAGUUAGAGUGGAAAGAGUCUGCAAGGUGGGUGAAGUUUGAGGAGAAGGUGGAGGAGGGAGGAGAAAGAUGGAGCAAGCCUCAUGUCUCCACACUGACCCUCCACAGCCUGUUUGAGCUCAGGACCUGUCUGCAGACAGGAAGCAUCCUGCUGGACCUGGAGGGCUACUCGCUGCCACAGAUCGUGGAUGAGAUUGUGGAUCGGCAGAUAGCUGAUGGUCUCAUUCCUCCGGAUCUGAAGGAGAAGAUCAGCUUUGUGUUGCUCAGGAAACACCGUCACCAGACCAAGAAACCAAUCCACCGCUCGCUGGCAGAUAUAGGAAAGUCCUCCAACACUGCUUCCAACCGUAGUCCUCAGGUUAAUCAUAGUACUAGUUCAGCUUCUGGCAUCCACCGCUCCACAGAAGACCUACGCUCUCGGCAGUCAAGCAGCCUCAGCCACCUGCCACACAAAGAGCCAACUCGUCCUGAUCGUGGCUGGUUGGUGAUGCCAUUUGGUAAGAACCCCUGGUGGUGGUACCUGGCCAGCUCUGUUCCUGCACUCCUGGUCACCAUACUCAUCUUCAUGGACCAGCAGAUCAGCGCUGUCAUAGUCAACCGCAAGGAAAACAAACUUAAGAAAGGUUGCGGUUACCACUUGGACCUGUUCUGGGUGGGUGUGCUGAUGGCUGUGUGCUCCUUCCUGGGUCUGCCCUGGUACGUAGCAGCUACUGUCAUCUCCAUCGCUCACAUCGACUCUCUGAAGAUGGAGAGCGAGUCCAGCGCUCCUGGAGAGCAGCCACAGUUCCUCGGAGUCAGGGAGCAGAGGCUGACGGGCAUUCUGGUGUUUGUUAUGACUGGACUCUCAAUUUUCCUCGCUCCCGUUCUCCAGUACAUCCCCAUGCCAGUCCUGUAUGGAGUGUUCCUCUACAUGGGUGUGGCAUCACUGAGUGGCAUCCAGUUCUGGGAGCGUAUGAAGCUGUAUCUGAUGCCAGCCAAACACCAGCCGGACUUCUCCUUCCUGCGUCACGUUCCUCUGAGACGCGUCCAUCUUUUCACCAUCGUCCAGAUCGUCUGUUUGGCCGUCCUCUGGAUCCUGAAGUCCACCUUCCUGGCCAUCAUCUUCCCAGUAAUGAUUCUGGGUCUGAUGCUCGUCCGGAAGCUGCUGGAUCUGAUAUUCUCGCAACACGACUUGGCCUGGCUGGACGACAUCCUGCCAGACAAAGACAAGAAGAAGAAGGAGGAUGAGAAGAAGAAGAAGAAGGAGAAGAAGGCGGCAGAGCCGGAGAGCGACGAGGAGGAGAUGAACCCGUACUCGACGGUCACGUCCGAAGAAAACGAAUUAGACCGCAGCAUCACUCUGCACCUGAAGAUCACCUGCCCGCCCUCACCCGCCCUAUCCCAGACGAACCUCGCCCCCGGGAUCGCCCCGUCGCCACACCUGCCGACACGCCAGCCCGUGCCCCAGGUCAGCAUCCAGGUGGAGUCAGACCGCGAGGAGCCCGGCCUCUUCUCCGAGCAACAACGCUGCCCUCAUCCAACCGAUCACCUGCCUCCACCUGGAGCAGAGUUUCACCAAAAACUGCACGCUCACUUCGGUGACUGUGCCGAGACCGUUCUGUAGACACACACAGGUUUACUGCUGUGAGCUUGACAACACACACACACACACACAGGGAAGGUGCAAAGUGUUGCAUACUGAUAAUAAUCUGCCUGAUAUCUCUGAUUUAAACCCAGUUUUUACGGGCUGAACAAGCGUACAGAUUGUGCUCUUUCACACUUCAUAAUUGGACUUGUAUCAGAUGUAAUGUCACUGUAUUAUAAAGCUCCCCCUGACUAAAACUAUCGCAGCUCUCAGGUCGGAUCUCUGUGAACUGGCAGAGCACUGAGAGGCCUCGAGGAUCCAACCAGCUUCCUGUAGUGACGAUAAAUAGCCGCAAAGAAACAACCAAAAUGUGUUACUAGUAAAUGCGUGACCCUGCUCUGAACCCGUGUUAGGCCUCAGUACUGUUGAUCAUGUCGUGUUCAUCUUUGCUCUUGUUUUUGUUUUCUUGUGCAUUUAAAGAAUGUUAGAGACGAGGGUGAUUUACAUCAUGCUGUAUCUGCGUUAUGGAUGUAAAGCCCUGAAAAAUGUAAUAAAACAACAUUUAAGAUCUG